CUAUCCAACAGCCCUCUCUCUCGUGGCGUCGGGAGCUGUGAAUGUUAAACCGCUGGUAACACACAAAUUUAAACUGGAGGAAAGUCUGAAGGCGUUCGAAACUGCAGAAAGAGGAGAAGGGAUCAAGGUUAUUAUCGAAUGUCACAACGAGUGA